CACUUAAGUUUUGGAAUCAAACACCUAGCUAGCAAGCUAUACAAAAGGAAGAAACCAGAAAACAACACAGGUGGUGGAUAGGUUUCUUGAUGCUCAUGUGGAAGAAUUGGUUUCCAUAUCAGAUGCUGUCUCCAGUUACGUCUCCGGAGGCUCAACACGCCUGGCUGUGACACAUUUAGCUAGGUUACGUUUGACACCAAGCGUCAAUAUUGUUUGUUGGUUUUAAACUUCCUCUGUUUACUAGCUAAAGUAUGCCAGGCACAGCUGGGGGAGGUGAACUGCCGCCGACCAGAACAAUAACUGUCUACAAGAACGGAGACGCUUUCUUUUCCGGAAGAAAAAUAGUUGUGAAUCCGCGGCAUUUGUCAACUUUUGACAAUUUUUUGACCUUUUUGACCAGAGGGAUUGAGGCUCCGUUUGGCGCCGUGAGAAGGCUGUACACUCCCAGAGAGGGCCACAAAGUUGACCAUUUGGACGACUUGAAGCAUGGAAGUGUAUAUGUUGCAGCCGGAAAUGAGCAGUUCAAAAAGCUGGACUAUUGUGAGAUAACAACAAAGAAGCCACAGAAAAAGAAAAAUGAACAGAUCCGACCUGUUGUUCACAGCAGAAUAGUAGUUUCUGCUCGCUGGAAGAGAAUUACAGACGAGUCUUGCACAAUAAAUGUCUUUACCAAUGGAGAAGUCUUGGCUGCUCCAGCUCGAAUACGGAUCCCAAAGUAUACUCUUAGAAGCUGGGAAAAUGUUUUAGCCAUGGUGACAGAGAGAGUGCGUCUUCGCACUGGUGCUGUUUUCAGGCUUUGCACAUUAGAUGGACGUCCUGUCUGCGGUCCCACUGAACUGGAGAACAAUCAGUACUAUGUCGCAGUUGGUGCUGAAAAGUUUAAAGCUCUCCCAUAUGAUCACUACGACACCUGCAGGGAUUUAAUCAACGAAACCAAAGUCAUCAAACAACAAGACAUCCUGCCUGCUAUUAGAAAGACGAGACAUCCAAAGGAUGUGUUUGCUCGCACAGGCUUUAGAGAGGACCUUGAGCACACAGCCAGGGGGCAGAUGAAGAAACAAGCCAAACUGGAGAGAACCAAACAACAGAGGCAGGUGUCCAGAAACCCAGUUCUCUUCUCGACAGGGGAGGGCAGUGUGUUCAAUGCACAAAACAAAAGAAGUGAGAUGGCAGGAGCAGCUGAGGUGCAGGAAGACCGCCAAGUGAAGGUGGACCUGCCUAUUGAUCAGGUUGAGGCCAAGAUUGUUGAUGAGGAGUAUGAGAAUGGGAGUUGUUCUGCGAGCCCCUGCAAGGCCUCCAUCCAUGAUUCACAUAACUUGCAUUUGCAGAGGUCUUUGUCUGCAGGUUCCAGGAAUGAGACUAAAGAGCGGGAGGCGUCUUCCAGGCAUCGCGGAAUACGGUCACGGGUCUCCCGGUUUUUCAAGGAAAAAAUGAAACCUGAACAUUCAUUGCUCUGAUCCACAUGACAAUCAUUCAAAAGCCAGAGCCACAGAAUACAGUGUCAGACUGCUAAGGACCAGACGUCCUCGUUCUCUUCUGUCUCCAGAAGCCAGCUGCUCAUGUAUAAGAUGAAACGGUGUAAAACCAAAUAAAAAUGUCUUGCCUCUUGACAGCCCCACUGUGAA